AUGUCCGCAACCAAACUUGACGCUCUCGAAGCCCCCCCACCUACCGAUAUCGACACCGAUGUGGUCCUCGCCCCCUUCCGAAAAGUGAAGUGGUACCGUAGCACGUGGUUCGCCGCUCUCAUUCUCGGGUUGGCCAAUUUCAGCGCCCCUGGUAUUUGGGGUGCGAUGAAUUCGCUCGGUGCGGGUGGACAAGCUAGUAGGUUCGGACGAUAUGGAAGAGUAUCAGCUUUGAAGCCCUCGACUUACGUUGUCUUCAUCUGCACUCGUAGCCCCUUUCCUCGUCAACGCCUCCAACGCUCUCACCUUCGGUCUGAUGGUGUUGACCGCUUUCCUCACCUCGAGCUUGGUGCGCUACAUCGGCGUCGUUUGGACACUCGCUUUUGGUGCGGCGGGUUAUGCACCUUACGCUGCUGGGCUUUACACAGUGAGUCACCGCUGUCUACUGGCUUCCCCGCCUCGAACGCUGGAAAAAGAGUUCGGGUAGCGAGUCUUCGGUCCCGGGCUCGAGGUCGCCUUCGCACAGCGAAUUGACUUGUUCUCCCCUCUUUGCUGGACAGAACAAUCGUUUCGGAAACGAAUGGUUCCUCUUGCUUGGCGCGGCAUUGUGCGGAAUUAGUAAGUCACUCCGUCUCAGCGGCACCGGCGAUGUUGUCCCUAAACUGAUUGUGCCUCCUGGCCCCCUCUUUUACAGGCGCCGGAACAUUCUGGGCUAUCGAAGCAGCUAGUGAGCACUCAUCCCGGCGUGAUAUUUACGCGAACAUGCACUUAAAAGGUGAUCAACCUUGUCUGCAGUCGCGCUUGCGUACCCGGAACCCGAGAACCAGGGUCGAUUCUUCGGUCUUUGGCUGAGGUGAGUGCCUUGCCUUGUCCUCGCCUCGCACGUGGCCUGUACGGAGAUUCUGAUCGUUUCAACCCCAAUCUUUCACAGUUUCCGAGUCUUGGGAGGUGUCCUCGGGGGAGCCAUCAACCUGGGCCUCAACGCCAACCGCAACACCGCCGGCAAAGUGAACCCACAAAUAUAUCUCGUCUUCAUCGCCCUUCAAUGCCUCGGUCCCUUCGUCGCCUUCCUCCUGCCCCCACCCAAUAAAGUCCAACGUACCGACGGUCUCCCCGUUCGUUUGUUCGUCACGACGGGCUUGAUUCAUGAAGUCAAGGCUUCGGCGAAGCUGUUCUUCACCAAAAAGUUUUUGCUUAUCGUGCCGUUGAUCGUGCAAGCCGUGUUCCCGGAAUCGUUCAAUGGAACGUAUUUGACGUUGCACUUUUCUGUUCGGGCGAGGGCGCUGGGUUCUUUCCUUUCUGCCAUCGUCGCUAUCAUUGCUGGAAACCUUCUCGGAGUAAGUCCUGUUCCUCUAGCCCGUUUCUCGUACCUGGCUUGAACCUGUGAAGCUGAUCAAAUCUUCCCAAUCCCUCCGUUCGCAGUGGUUACUCGACUCCAAAAAGUUCUCUCUCAAAUCGCGCGCCCGCUACUCUUUCUUCGUCGUCCUCGGUCUCCAAGGCGUAUGGUGGAUUUGGUCCACAGUCAUCCAAUCCGACUACCAACCCCACAACACGAUGCUCGAUUGGUCGUCCCCUGGCUUCGGUCGUGGUUUCGCCCUAUACAUCUUCCUCGUGGCCGGGUUCCAGUUGAACUAUCUUUAUCUUUACUUUGUCGUGGGCAAUCGUAAGAGUAUUUCCACAUCGUUCUGUUCAAAGUAUUCGAACCCCAACCCAACUGACCCUCUUCUUCUCGCACAACCGCCGCGCAGUCGUAACCGAACCCGCGGACAUCAUCCGCAUCGGCGGCCUCCUCCGAGCGACCGAAUCCGCCGCGCAAGCCGUAUCCUACGGUCUCAACUCCGUCAAGUCGUUCGGUACGAUCGGCGCAAGUUCGCUCAACUUCGCUCUAUGGGGAGUCAGUCUCGUCCCCGCUUGGUUCGUGGUGAAAGAGAUCGGCGUGACAUUGUGGGGUCGUGGGGAGGUGGAGAAGAAGCAGUUGGAGGCUUUGUUGAGUCAAUCGGGGGGGAGGUCGGUGGAGAGUGGGGGUAGCCGAGGGAGUGAGGAUGGGAUCAAGACGCCGGGGAGUGAGAAGGAAUUGGGUUUGUAA